AUGAAAAACUUACAAUUAUUCUUUCUUUUGAUUGCAACUCUCUCUGCAACUCGAAUCCAAGCUGAAUCCCAACAAAAAGCGGAAAAUCAGUGCUCAAGUGUGCUCCAGUCUGCCGGAGCAUCUCAAUGGUUUGGAGCUAGCGUUGCACAUUCCAUUCACUCGAUCAACGUUCGUGCUCUUCAAAAAUUUGAACCAUCAACUACCGAAAAGAAUUCUGUGCCAACGGUGAAUCUCGACUUGUCAGCUGAUCGCCCAAUUCUCUCACAUGCACCAGAUCGACGCGGCCCAAGCGACUCGAUGUACCUCACCGAUGGAAUGAAGACGUUGGAUGAGGUCCUCUCUCAUAUGGGUGACAAGAAAUGGGACAUCGGAUUCUUCUCUCCUCUUGAACGAGUCGUUCAUGUCUUCCACAUGCAGGAAGCCUGGGAAAUGACUCUUAAAGAAUAUCAAAAACUCAAGCAAAACCCGCCGUCAUCCGAUGUCUGCAAAUGUGCUAAAGACAUCGAAAACAACGGUGUACUGAAAAUGCUGCGAUUCAAUGCACUGGCCAUCCGAGAGGCUUCACUCAUCUACGGCGACACGAUGAAAGCUUACGAUACGAGCUUGCAGUACUAUAUCCAAGGCGGAUACACUUAUCGUUUCAAACCGGAAAGAGUCUUCAAGGAAAGCGAACGUGGGCUCUCGCUCGACCAAAUUCUUUUAAAAGAAAAAGAGUCGAUGCCCAAGCUCACCGAUGCAGCUGCUUGGGAGAAAUGGAAGGAAAUCGGAAAAAUGAGCAUGACUGAACAUUUUGACACAGCUCUCUUUUUGUAUUGCUCGUUGAAUAAAGUC